AUGCCUGAGGAAACCCUGAUUGUGUGGUCAGAAUCGGAUACGUGCGACCUGGCGCUGAGCUUCCAGGAAAAGUCGGGCUGUGAGGAGAUCUGGGCGAAAAUUUGCGAGGUGCAGGGACGUGAUCCUGGAGACUCGGAUGGCGGAUAUGACGAAAUGGAUGAUGGAGAGUUGAGCGAAGGCUCAUCGAACGCACUGUCAACCACAGGGGCUGCCGGUCGUGUAAUUUUACCUCCAAUCGAAAUUGGCCGUCUCUCUGAAGUUGACAGCGUCAUCCAAAACCAUCUCGCUACGCAAGCUUUGCGCGAGAAGAUGGCAAACGCAGUGGAGUCGGAAAGUGUGCUUCCAAAACUGGUCGACGUAUUCCAUAUGUGUGAAGAUGUUGAACACAAAGAUGGCCUGCGUACGCUGUAUUCAAUUGCGAAGAACUUGUUCAUGCUAAAUAGGAAUAGUCUAAAUGAGACAUUGCUCAGCGAAAAGUACCUGAAGGAUCUCAUUGGCAUGCUCGAGUACGAUCCUGCGCACGAGGCACCCCGUAAACACCGCGAGUUCCUUUAUGAGAAAGCGACGUUUCGUGAAGUGUUACCAAUAGCGAAUGAUGAACUCAAGGAGAAGAUUCAUCAGACAUAUCGUGUACAGUACCUGCAGGAUGUUUGUCUUCCUGCCCCGUCGCUCUUCGAAGAAAAUCUACUCUCAGUGCUAAAUAGCUACCUGUUUUUCAAUAGGAUUGAUAUUGUAAACAUGCUACAGAAGGAUAAGCGGUUAAUGAAAGAGCUCUUCGAUCAGUUGCGUGAUCCAGAGACAACGGUUUCGAGGAGGAGAGAUCUCGCCUUCUUUUUGAAAGAGUUUAUUUCUCUCAGCCAAGGGCUUCCUCCUAAUGGAGCCCAAAGCAAGGAUAACUUUUUCAAGGUAAAUCGAUGGCUUUGCAUUUCAAUGGAGAAGAUUCAUCAGACAUAUCGUGUACAGUACCUGCAGGAUGUUUGUCUUCCUGCCCCGUCGCUCUUCGAAGAAAAUCUACUCUCAGUGCUAAAUAGCUACCUGUUUUUCAAUAGGAUUGAUAUUGUAAACAUGCUACAGAAGGAUAAGCGGUUAAUGAAAGAGCUCUUCGAUCAGUUGCGUGAUCCAGAGACAACGGUUUCGAGGAGGAGAGAUCUCGCCUUCUUUUUGAAAGAGUUUAUUUCUCUCAGCCAAGGGCUUCCUCCUAAUGGAGCCCAAAGCAAGGAUAACUUUUUCAAGAAUCUUCAAGCCAAUGAUGUUCUUGGAACGAUAGAACCGUGUAUCAAAUCACCUGACCCAGAUACGCGCAUCACGAUUGUAGAUAUGCUAGCGCUACUCGUGGAACAUAGCCCACAGCUUGUGCGAGAUUAUUUACUGAGACAGGCCAAGGAUAAGAGUGACGAUGAAGUGUUGUUAAAUCGUCUUCUUAUUCACAUGCAAACUGAUCGUGAUCCUGAGUUAACUUCUGGGAGUCAAGUUUCACAGGUCCUUCGAACAUUGCUGGAUCCAGACAACAUGGUUUCUAUGCAGAAGUCGGAUAGGUCAGAAUUUUUAAGUCUUUUCUACCAAAGAUCCAUCUAUACACUUGUGAAACCAAUGAUGGAUAAUGUCAAAGGAGGAACGAUCAAACGAGAUGACUAUUGUACCGCUAAUCGCCAAUCGUUGGUUGUUCGAUUACUGUGCUUUUGCAUCGAGCAUCAUUCAUUUUCAAUGCGGCAGCAUUGCAUUUCGAACGAUUUGCUCAACAAAGAGGACAUUAAACCGCUGGUCAAAUACACAGUAGAGAACCACAUGUCCUCAUUUGAAGACGUGACCUACGUGAAGUUAUUCUCCGAGCUGAAGAUACGCUAUGAACAACAGCGCGAUCGUGAGAAUUCGGCGAAGAUAACCGCUGACGAGAGAGUGCCAAGUCCGGCAGCGUUCGCUAAAGAGCGGCAGGAAGAGCAGUGGUUCGAUGGCGAGGAUGAUGACGCAACCGAAUGCAAGAAAGAGCCGAUUGAAGUGAAGAAAGAAAUCAAGAAGGAAAUCGAUUCACCUAGGAAGACUGGCAUAGAACCAAUGUUCCCUUCGGUACUGAAACGGAAGAAUGCGUUCGAUGAGGACGAUGGAGCCGUGUUCAGCGGUCAAGUUGCACUACUGACACCAGUGAACAUUGUGACUGAGAAGAAAAUCGUUAUAAAGGUGGGCGAUCGAUCUCGAACUCCAUCGCCGUUAGGUUCACCUUUAUCAUCAACCCCGCCUCCACCGCAAGCUCGUGAAGAUGAAGUCUCUUCUUCGCAAAACAACAGCAAGGAGAAUAGUCCAAUGAGCAUAAAGGAAGAGCAGUGGUUCGAUGGCGAGGAUGAUGACGCAACCGAAUGCAAGAAAGAGCCGAUUGAAGUGAAGAAAGAAAUCAAGAAGGAAAUCGAUUCACCUAGGAAGACUGGCAUAGAACCAAUGUUCCCUUCGGUACUGAAACGGAAGAAUGCGUUCGAUGAGGACGAUGGAGCCGUGUUCAGCGGUCAAGUUGCACUACUGACACCAGUGAACAUUGUGACUGAGAAGAAAAUCGUUAUAAAGGUGGGCGAUCGGUCUCGAACUCCAUCGCCGUUAGGUUCACCUCUAUCAUCAACCCCGCCUCCACCGCAAGCUCGUGAAGAUGAAGUCUCUUCUUCGCAAAACAACAGCAAGGAGAAUAGUCCAAUGAGCAUAAAGUCGCUGGUUGACUACGAUGAGUCGGAUUCGGACGAGGAUGAGAACAGUGCGCCGAAUGAUUCAAUACCGUCAUCGUCAACAGGCAGUCCGGUGCAGAUGAGCUCAAGUAUUGAGAAAGGAGCUGAGAGUACAACUGCUGCACCUGCGACUUCGUCAGGAGGUGAUCUGUCACCCUGCGAUGACGAUGUAUCAUCCACCAGCGGCGAAGAAGAGUCGGCAGCAGGUGGAUGUGGAUUGACGCGACGGAAACGACCGUCAAGGAGCGACAUAGACGAGGAAGUAGUAAAGAGAAGUCGAGCCUCACCUGAAACCUAA